AUGGCUGAGAUCGGCUUUGGCUUCUCGCGGCACCCCCAGGAAAAUCAUUCUGCACCUCCUGACGUAACCACGUACACCUCAGAACACUCGAUACAGAUGGAGCGACCACAGGGUUCCACGGGGUCCCGGACAGCGCCCAAGUAUGGCGACGCGGAGCUCAUGGAGACCAGGGAUGGUACGUCCCAAAGCAGAGAUGCGUAUUUUUGUGGGAAACGGUUUGUGCUGAUGUCCCGUUCUGUGCCCGUGACUGGUUUUCAGACAUUCUUGAGAUUCCCUGAGAACAUAGAGGCGGAAGCAGUAGACUCGCCAGCAGCCGUUCAUAAACAGAAGGAGCACCCCCUAAUGCGGCCACGUGGGUGGCCGAAACUGUUCCCGGGGUGCCCAGCCUACCGCGUGUGUGCUGACUGCACAGCUGUGGUUGUGAUGGCUUAUCUGCCCCUGCAUAUUCAAGUUAAAAACUGUCGUUACAGGCCCACGGAUGACAGUAACCAGCCCCCGGGCCGGGGCGUCCUCUCCAUGCAUGGGCUGACCUAUGGAGUCAUUCGUUUGGACUCGGAAGAGAAGCUCUCCGUGCUCACCAUGCAGGAUGUCGGCCUCGUGAUGCCUGGAGCAGAAAAUCCAUAAGGAAGUCAAAUCUGAAAGAAUCAGGUACCAUGGAAUGGCAUAAUCAGUCAUCCUUCCCAUCCGUGGGCCAGCUACGGUGACUGGUGGGCCAGGCAUUCACCAACAUCCAUCAUCCAUCCUCUGGGGCAUGGCUGCACUUCACUCCCAGGCUCCCUGUCAUUAUGCAGAUUAGGUAAAUCAUGGCCAAUCUCACCUUAAGCCUCCCACCACCACCGUGGCAAUCACCCAGUCCCAACCACAGCAAGGACAGUCGUGUUCUUGGGAACGCAGAGCAGGGGUCUGAAAGGAACCUGGAUCCCUGAAUACCUCAUGGAGCAGUCACCAGCCUGGAACAUCCUCCCUCAUGAGUUUGCAAGAGAGAAAAACUCCUUGGUUCCUCAAGCUACAAUACUGCAGAGUCUCAGAUCAUAGCAUCCUUACCUACCCUCGUCAGGAAUCGUUCAUGCUCAUCAAGACAUGAGAACAAAACUGCAGUGGCACAGUCACACUCACCCAGAACGCAGACCACCUGCUACUCACAUUCAUCGUAUUAACACCAAAAAGCCGCCGUCGUGGAUAUCCUGGAUGUGGACACUCGGCGGCUUUUUGCUGGAGAUGCGCUUUGUGCAUUUAUCACACGACCAUCUUGGCGUCAGGAGGGGCUGCGCAGAUGGCAGCUGUACACAUCACAGGGAGUCUCACUCACUGGACUCUCAGCCAGCUCCCACUAUCAGUGCCCGCAGAGUCCCCUCCUCCGGGAGCACGUGCUUGGACACCACAGUGACCUGUGGAUCCACACAACAGCACUGUGUGCCCCAGGAGCUUAGAAAGUACCACUGCAUCAAUGCCUCCACAGGUGAGGCCGGGGGCAGAAGCCAACCUCAAGCAGUUACGGUCCUCCGUGGGGCUGGUGUCCAGGCAGGAAGGUGGCUCAGCGGCUCUCCUCUCACUGUGGAACUUCCUAGGUCCCCACAUGGACAGAACUGAAAUAACACGCAGCAAACAACAGGAACGAGAACACGACCAGCAGCUUCUGAGAUGAGCAAGCUGGGCUGAUCAUGAGACACCUGACAGGGACGGUGCCAGAGCCCCUCCCAGUGCCCUGUGAGAACAGCGCUGCCAGCAUCUCCCUAAAACCAGCCCAAGUCGAGUUAGACUCGAGGCUUCCUAGGAAUGGGCAGAUCCAUUCAAUCUCACAGUCUGAACCUUUUAGGCCGUGUGUUAUGGCCCUCAUCUCACAUAUGGGAAUGCGGACACUGCACCAUAGACCCGGCCCCAAGCCCUGGUUUCUUCUUCGACACCACACACCAGUACAGUGAGCACUUAGGAUCUGGGCAUUCACAUAAAAUACUGCUUAACUAAAACUUCUGAUUUAGAACAUAUUUAAUUCCUACUCACAGAGCUGAAAGUGUUCUGUCCUAGGAGGCGGCAGUUGUAACUAAGCAUGAGAGAAGAAGGGAUCAGAGCAGUGCCAAGUAUUAAAUAUGCCUCCAAAUCUAUUCACCAGGUCGCCAUGCUAUUGUCACCUGCUUCGUUUUCUGUCCUUAAAAGACUUAAUAGUUACUUUUCAAAAUAGACAACCUGUUUUACUGAUGCUUAGCUAUAAAGUAGCGAGCUACGUAUCCAAAAGGGAGAUAUGGGAAAACAGAAAAUGUCCACAAGCGAUCGGGUGGGACGGCAGCUGCAGCAGCACCUGGCUCUGUUGCGUUGUGAGCCAGCCACAUGGGCUGGACAGCUCACUUAGCCACUGAAAUUAUAUCAUCUAAGAUUUUGUUGCAGUUACUUUGAUAAAUUCUCCUUCCUGCUAUGAAGAGUAAGGUUUGGGUUUUUUUUUUGUUUUUUUUUUUUUUGAGUCGGAGUCUCCUGUGUCACCCAG